CAACUCCCCGAUUUGCCCCUGGUUUUAAAAGCUUGUCUUGUUUCCUUUGUGAAAGGGCUAACGGGUGAUGCUUUGGUGAAGGUUUUUUCUGGUCCUCCUGAUUUCAUAACUGAGUUUUAGUAACUUCCGGCUCAAGCAAAAAGGAAGUUCGAUAUGACGGACAUAUCAGAAUCUCUCAAGGCUAUCACCACGGAGAGCGUUGAUCUGGAAAAUGUUCCCGUUGAAGAGGUUUUUCAACAUCUCAAAUGCACGAAAGAAGGGUUGACCACCAAUGAAGUGCAGGAGAGACUUACCUUGUUUGGUUACAACAAACUUGAGGAGAAAAAGGAGAGUAAGAUACUCAAGUUCUUGGGGUUUAUGUGGAAUCCACUUUCAUGGGUCAUGGAAGCUGCAGCCCUGAUGGCCAUUGGUCUUGCACAUGGAGGAGUACGUCUUUUGUUCCUUCUCAUGACUCCGUUCAUUAUUCAACAAUACAUAAAUACAUGA